UUUUCAAUUUCAAGUCCAUCUCCGAAUUCGCCUCCGUUGACACCAACCACCAAUGUCGCAGACCACAUCCGCACAAUUCACCGUCGGCAAGCUCGACGCUGGCAUGGCUCUGCUCCUCACCGAGGACUACCAGCUCAUAGAGUUCCCUUCCGUACUCCUCCCCAGGGGCGUCGUGCUCGGCUCCGUUGUCAACAUCGAUGUUUGCCGCGACCGCGAAACUGAGAAGCGCCAGCGCAACGACUUCCGCGACCUGCAGGACGAGAUACUCAAAGCCUUUGGGUCUAAUACGCCAAAGCCCCCGCAUAUCCGCAUUGGCCACACCACGCAGACGUGGGCCGUCAUCGAGUGGGACCCGCUGGACCUUGCCUCCGCUGAGCUGCGCUCGCUGCACCUCUACCGCGACGACCAGCGCAUGAUGCAACCCAUGCCUCAGACGCUCGAGCUGGCCAACUCUGUCGCCGCUGUCAAGUCCACUGGGCUCGACGUUGACCACAGCUACGACUUUAAGAUCGAGAUGCGCACCUCCGCCGGUACCUUCUUCUCAAACACAAUAACAGUCAAAACCCAUGCUCUUGACAACCUCAGCGGCAUCCGCGUCUGCUUCGGCGACUGUGACUCGCAGGACGAAAUCGACAGCCUUAAAGAAACCCUUGCCCGCAUCGGCGCCUCAUACACCGAUACUGUCUCUCUCGACAUCACACACCUUGUGGCCCGCUACAAGACCGGCCCCGCCUACGAAGCCGCACUGCGCUACAACAUCCCCAUCGUAAAGCCCGACUGGAUACUCGCAUGUGAGGCCAAUGCCAAGUUGCAGCCCGCGAUCAAGUUUUCGCUCGAAUGACCAUGAUGACGACAGCGGCGGUAGUAGUAGUAGUUCAUUUUAAUAUAUCUAAACUGCA